GACUAUCAGCAGGAAAAGACAACAGGAAGAGUGUUUUGUCUUUGUUACAGAUAUAUUGGUCACGUUUAAAAUAUAACAGAGGCACUUGUUUUUGCUCUGUGAGCUGCUUGACUCUAAAAUAAACUUACAUUACUCUUUCCAUGCUCUGGACUUUGUUUCUCGGCUGUUUUUGGAUCCUAAAAGACCCGAAUUUAACUGGCAAUUGGUCUUAAUCCUCACUGAGGGUUGCAGGUCAUGGGGUCUGCGGUGGAAAGGACAGAUGAGCAUGUCAGGGAGUACCUGAUCUACCGGGGCUUCACCAACACCCUGAAACACCUGGACAGUGAAAUCAAAGCUGACAAGGAAAAGGGCUUCAGGGUGGACAAGAUCAUUGACCAGCUGCAGCAGUUUGUUCAAAGCUUCGACCUGUUUGGCCUGAAAGAGUACUGGCUGUACCUGGACCGACGUCUGUUCUGCAGACUGGAGGAUGUUUACAGAUCCACCAUCAACAAACUGAGAACCAGCCUGUUUAGAUACUACGUCAUUAACACCAUCCAGAAAGGAAACUUGGAAAAGACUCAGGAGUUCUUCCAGAAGCAGGCAGCGGAACUGCAGGGUCAGGCUGAAUGGCGCGACUGGUUCAUCUUGCCGUUCAUCCCUGCCCCUGAGCAGAGCCCUGCCUUCUCUCCAUACUUCUCCCGCCAGUGGUCCGACACCUUCCUGGUUUCACUGCACAACUUCAUGUCAGUCCUCUUCCAGUGUAUGCCUCAGCCUGUCCUUCUGAGCUUUGAUGCUGAAGUCCAGAAGAUGACCGGCCUGAAUGAAGAAAACGAGCAGCUCCGUCAGCUGCUGUUCGCCCUGCAGAUGGAGGGCCGGGAACAGAGGGACGGAGAUGAGAUGGUCCUCCACAAGCUGCCGCCUUACGUCCAGAACAUGGACCGACUUGGAGACACAGAGCUGGAUUUGGUGUCAAGCCAGCGAGCCGUCAGUGCCGCCACCACUCCCUCCAGAAACUUCUUCUCUACGUUCCUACCCCAAGGCAGGCGCACUCCGGUGAAGCCAUCCCAGGUCACUUUAGGCUCCUCACCAAGCCAGGCCACAGUGGGCAGAAAGGAGCCAUCAGCAAAUCAGCCCGCAAAGUCAAAAGAAGCACCGCAAGCAAGGGAAGUGAAGCCAUUUUCCAGCCAGCCAUCCACCAUUGAAUCGGCAAAUUUCCAAUCUCAACAGUCUAUAAACCAGCAAACUAACCAGGUGACAAACCUGAAUCCCAGACACAAGAGAGUCCAGGACCACGAGAAAGAAAGAAAGGAGCUUUUCUCCAAACCACCACUGCAGAUGCCAGAGAGAAAAGGGGAGGCGGGGGAUGUGGAGCCACCUGCCGAGACCAACACAGAAUCUCAAGAUUCCUCAAACAGGAGUUGUGCGGCAGGACCAGAUGCAGGAGGCCUGUCAGUAGAGCAGCCGUUCAUCAAACUCAGCCAGGAGGAGUAUGGAGAACACCACUCCUCCAUCAUGCAUUGCAGGGUUGACUGUUCUGGUCGCCGGGUUGCCAGUUUGGAUGUAGAUGGAGUCAUAAAGGUAUGGUCGUUCAAUCCCAUCAUGCAGACCAAAGCCACCAUCAUGUCCAAAUCUCCGCUGUUGUCUCUGGAGUGGGCCACCAAACCAGACAGACUGUUGCUGCUCGGCAGUGGGGUUGGCACAGUGCGACUCUACGAUACAGAUGCGAAGAAGAAUCUCUAUGAAAUGAACAUUGAUGACACUCAUCCACGGAUCUUGUCUUUAGCUUGUAGCCCGAGCGGUUCGUCGUUCGUCUGUUCAGCUGCAGCUCUCGGCCGAUCUGGGAACGGAGAGUCCGCUCCUCGGCUUCCUAUACCGGUGUCUGGUCAGUUGCUGCUGUGGGACACCAAGACUGUCAAACAGCAGCUCCAAUUCUCUUUGGAACCUGAGCCAGUAGCUAUUAACUGCACAGCCUUCAACCACAAUGGAAACCUGCUGGUGACUGGAGCUGCUGAUGGAGUCAUUAGACUGUUUGAUAUGCAGCGUUAUGAGAGUGCUAUGAGCUGGAGAGCCCAUGAUGGAGAAGUUUACAGUGUGGAGUUCAGCUACGACGAAAACACAGUUUUCAGCAUCGGGGAGGACGGCAAGUUCAUCCAGUGGAACAUUCAUCGCUGCGGCGUGAAGCAGUCAGAGCAGAUUUUACCUCAGGAUGCUACCGGACCCUUCGUCCUGUCGGGGUACAGUGGAUACAAACAGGUUCAGGUUCCGAGGGGUCGACUCUUUGCAUUCGACUCGGAGGGACAGCACACAUUAACCUGUUCCAGUAGCGGAGGACUCAUAUACAGAUUGACCAAUGGGGAGCCAGCCCUGGAGAGAGUGUUGUCUCUGGGUGGGCACAAAGCACCAGUGGUGACGGUAGACUGGAGCUCAGCGGUGGACUGUGGCACCUGUCUGACAGCAUCCAUGGAUGGAAAGAUCAAGCUGAGCACACUUCUGGCACAGAAGUCUUGACCAAUGACCUUAUAGUGGACACCUGAUGGAUAGAGUUUCAUGACACCCAGUGACUGAUGUAGAUUAGUCCCACGUCCGUCUCAGUAAAAAAACUCAUCAAUUUGUCGCUAGUUCAAAUCAGCAUUCAAAUUUGACUCAAACUUUGCUCUGAACCAUGUUUUCUUUUUGUUCUGUGAACUGUAAUUACUUACCUUUUGAGCUUAUCAGGAGAAAAAUAAAUAUUCAACCAGAUGUCACCUUGAAUCAUCAAUGUUCAACGUAUUCCACGGUGCAAAAGAUCAAUAUAUGUGACAACUCUGAAAUAUAUAUACAUAAAUAUAUAUCCAUGAAGAAAUCCACAUAGUGAGGCAAAUCAGAAGUAAAGCUGACACUGUGGGUAUACUUUUUACAUGUACUUGAGUCAUAUCAUAUCAACAUAUCUGAAUAUGUCUUUUAUUUCCAUUCAGUGAAUAAAUUAUUGUUCACAUGUUCAGAUAUUAUUAUUAUUGGGAAUUGCUCAAAAUUAGUUUGAAAUAAUUAAAGU